UGACGCCAGGUUAGCAAUGCCCAUCGAACAGCAAACACUUCCUUCUCCCAUACAGCCCAUCGCUGCUUUGUGUCGGACAAAAGCCCUGGUAUUAGAAUUGCUGGCAGCUGUGUGUCUUGUGCGAGGUGGCCAUGAGAUCAUUUUGGCUGCCUUUGAGAACUUCAAGGAGGUAUGCAAAGAGCAGCAUCGCUUUGAGAAACUGAUGGAAUAUUUCCGUAAUGAGGAUAGCAAUAUUGACUUCAUGGUAGCCUGUAUGCAAUUCAUCAACAUUGUGGUCCAUUCAGUAGAGGACAUGAACUUCCGAGUGCACUUACAAUAUGAGUUCACCAAGCUGGGUUUGGAAGAGUUCUUACAGAAGUCAAGACACACAGAAAGUGAAAAGCUGCUAGUACAAAUUCAGGCCUACCUGGACAAUGUGUUUGAUGUAGGUGGAUUGCUAGAAGAUGCUGAGACCAAGAAUGUGGCUUUGGAGAAAGUAGAAGAAUUGGAAGAGCACUUAUCGCAUUUGACAGAAAAGCUGCUGGAUCUGGAGAAUGAGAACAUCAUGCGGGUGGCUGAGUUGGAGAAACAACUAUUACAGCGGGAAAAGGAAUUGGAGAUUGUCAAGGAGACCUACGAGAGUGCCAGCCACCAAGUUCAUACAUUGCGCAGAAUUAUCAAGGAAAAGGAAGAAGCCUUCCGACAUCACUAUACCUCACAUCCAAUGGGGAGUGACCACUUGCCGCUGCCACCACCUCCAGAGGCAGAGAUCAAUUUCAACGACAUCUCUGAGGAUGAAUUCUGCCUGCCUGUCCUGCCUCCUGUGGAGGCUGCCCCUCCUCCGCCACCUCCUCCGCCACCUCUUCCCCCACCCCCUCCACCACUACCAGAUAAGUGUCCACCAGCUCCACCGCUUCCUGGCAUGUCUCCUUCGAUGAUCCUCACAAUGGGCUUAUCAGCAAUCCGGAUCAAAAAGCCCAUCAAGACCAAGUUCCGCUUGCCAGUUUUUAACUGGACAGCAUUGAAGCCCAACCAGAUCAGUGGGACGGUCUUCAGUGAACUGGAUGAUGAAAAGAUCUUGGAGGAUCUUGAUCUGGACAAGUUUGAGGAGCUCUUUAAGACCAAGGCUCAGGGCCCUGCCAUCGAUCUCCUUUGCUCUAAAAACAAGGCUUCACACAAAGCAGUCAACAAAGUGACUCUGCUGGAAGCCAACCGGGCGAAGAACCUGGCCAUCACGUUGCGUAAGGCAGGCAGGACCACAGAGGAGAUCUGCAAAGCCAUCUACACGUUUGACCUGAAGACCUUACCAGUGGACUUUGUGGAGUGCCUCAUGCGCUUUCUGCCAACCGAGAAUGAGGUCAAGCUACUGCGCCAGUAUGAGAAGGAGAGGAAGCCAGUGGAGGAAUUGUCAGAUGAGGACCGCUUCAUGCUGCAUUUCAGCAAAGUGGAGCGUUUGACCCAGCGCAUGGCUAUUAUGGCUUUCCUGGGCAACUUCAGCGAAAACAUCCAGAUGCUCAUGCCGCAACUCAGUGCCAUUAUCGCUGCCUCAGCAUCUGUCAAAUCGUCACAGAAGCUCAAGCGAAUGCUAGAGAUCAUUUUGGCCCUUGGCAACUACAUGAACAGCAGCAAGCGUGGCUCAGUUUACGGGUUCAAGCUGCAGAGUCUGGACUUGCUGUUGGACACUAAGUCAACUGACCGGAAGCUGACUCUUCUACAUUUCAUUGCCAUGAUGGUGAAGGAGAAAUAUCCUGAGUUGAGCACCUUCUGGCAGGAACUGCACUUUGUGGAAAAAGCAGCUGCAGUGUCUCUGGAGAACGUGCUGCUGGAUGUGAAGGAACUAGGGCGUGGCAUGGAGUUGAUUCGGCGGGAGUGCAGUUUGCACGAACAUAGUAUCCUGCGUAACUUCUUGAUUGCCAGUGAGGGGAAGUUGGACCGACUCCAGAAAGAUGCUAAGACUGCAGAGGAAGCCUACAACACGGUUGUGCGCUAUUUUGGCGAGAGUCCCAAGACGACACCACCCUCUGUUUUCUUUCCAGUCUUUGCACGUUUCAUCAGAUCCUACAAGGAUGCAGAACAAGAGAACGAACUGCGCAAGAAGCAGGAACAGGCCCAAAGGGAGCAGGCAUUGGCCCAAGAAGCUAAGAGACUAGAGAAGCGCAACAAAUGGCAGCAGCAAGAGUUAAUUGCUGAGCUGAGGCGGCGCCAAGCCAAGGACCACAGGCCUGUUUAUGAAGGCAAAGAUGGGACCAUUGAGGAUAUUAUUACAGAUUCCUACAUGCCCUGCCUUUCCAACUGGCGAAUGCUGCACUCUAGUGGCCCAGACCUUGUUAUUUUUUGCCAAAGAAGCAACUUCCGUUCUUUCAAAGACUUUCAGCUGAAGGAUCCAAGGGACAUUUAAAAAGUGCCUUCCUGCAACAGUAUUAUUCUUACUCUUUUAUAAUUUAAGAUAUAUAUUUUUAAUCUGUACAUACAUGUUCCUUCCUACGAGUCCCUUGCUCCUGCAGCCCAUCACUAUGUCAACUUGGGCAGAUGAGACUGUUCUGGCUUUUGAGAAGGGCCUUGAGCAGCAGGAGCUUGGCACCCUCCUCUAGAGCCUCAAGCUUCAAGCAUCCAAACCAGAAUUGCACUUUGACCUUUCAACUUGUCUUUAAUGGAUGGAGACAAUGAGCACUAUCGUUGCUAGGCCCUGAUGUGUUGCAGCAGGGAAAAAUCAGUCUCUGGUAGUAGGCCCUUGUAUACAGAUCAGGUCUUGUGGAAAAUCUUUUUUUUCAGGAGCAGUCUUCUGCAAUUGUGUGGUUUUCCUCAGAGCUGACUCUGGGGAGUUUAAAAGCUAAGCCUUGGUGGCCUUGGAAAACCACUGGAACCUUUCUUCCAAAGGGAAAAAAUAAGACCAAAGUCUCAUGUCUCAACUGCACAAAAGUAACUGUGUUGAUAUAGCAGGGAACUGAUAGUGGCUAGCCAACCCUUGGGGAUCUCAAGAAAAUUCCUGGGUAGGUUACAGCCUGUCUCAAUUUUUUAGACACUCUUGUUUCCAAAGGAUGAAAAUCAUCUUCCUAUUUGUAUGUGGCAUGUUCUAUUCAGUUCUUUUUUAUAGUUGGUGGACCAAACAAAAUGUAGCACUGCCUAUUACGCUUAUUGAAGCCUUCAAAAUUAGUGGAAGUUAAGUUAUGCAUGAAGGUUAUUCUUGAUGAAUUUGACCAAAUUGUUUUAAUUCAUUACUGUUUUUUAUUCAUUAAUCAAGGGUAAAUGACAUGAUUUCCUAUCAUCAAAAAGAAAAAAAUGGGCAGAAUUCCCUAAACUACUUUGGAGUAAGCCUUUUUAAAAAUGGAAUUCCUCAUAGUUUCAGGAGAUCCUGUACUAAAGAACUUAUCUAUAAAUAUUACCUCAUGGCUGGAUUGUUUCAACCUGGUUACUGAAGUAACCAAUUUCUGGUUUUCAUAAUAUGUUGAAACUAUGAGAUAGGAGUACAUAGCUCACUAAACCACAAACAAACCAUAAUUGACAUGAAGUCUAACCAACCUUAGCAAUUUAUGCAAAUACAGCCACUGAAUCUUGAACUAAAUUGUUUGUGAAUAUUAUGUAAGCCAAGAGAUAGAACUAAUUUAUCUCCCUCACACCUGAUCCUUUAAGGUUGUCCAGGUUGGAACCAUCUCUAACUCACAUGCAUUUGCAAUUGUUAUGUUGAUGUUUGAAACUAGGCUUAUUAUUUCAGCCUGGAUGCUUUGAGAUAAUCAGGUUUUGCUUUAACUUCUCUUAACUUGCCUGAUAACUUCUGACCAAAGAUUUUGAGGUAUUAUAGUUUAGGAUAAAACCACUUGACAAUGGUUAGAUUCUUCAACUGUUUUUAAUUCAGAGAACCAAUUUGACUCCUUUUAUUUUACAGCACUUUUUUGCAGCUAGGAAAUUAAUAGAUCAAUUAGAUCUUCCAUAGAUCAAUCUUCUUCAACUUGGUACCAUCCAGAUGUGUUAGACUACCCUUUUUGAUGGAGUCAGCAUGGCUAAUUUAUUUGGAGAGCAUAAAGUUCAGGAAAGUUGAUACAGAGUUUAAUUCAUCAGAGAGAUUUUUAGAUGAAGUUGGCACUCUAGUAUUAUGAAGCUGUCUCUGCUUCUGAAAAUCUAGAGUAGAUCACUUACUAGUCUUGUCUUACGGACAUUUAUGAACUAUGAUUUUAACUUCACAGAAGAGGAUUUGCCUAACAGAUUGCACCAAAAUGACGUUGCCCACAUAAGACAAGAAGAUAAUUAGGAUUACUAAACAGCUGUGAUGUUCUGGUCAAUUACACAAAAGGUCCCUUGGAUCAGGCACACCUGAAGUUAUAGAGCAAAAGUAUCCCUUGUAUAAAAUUCCUGUAUUAAACUGUGCCAAAGAAUUACAAUGCAACCAAUUCAGUGCCUUAUGCUGAAAAUGGAUGUGGGCUACAUUGGGCCUGCUAGGGCCUUUGAUGCCACCCUCCAUGAAUACAGCCAGCCUUCUUUGAUCCUGCCUUUCUUUCUUGUGAUCUAACAGCUUCUUAUUCUUCAGAGUCCUCUGUUCCAUGGUUGCUAGGUCUGCUAGGAACAUUAGGUCAUGGUUAUACUCUUAUUCCAAAAGUAGAGAAGGGUGAUUUCGCAACUCCCCCAGCAAUUUCAGUCACAUUGAGAUUGCUGAGAAGGGAGGCUCUGUGGUAAAAUACAGAGAGAUGGACACAGUUGUCUAGGUAUGGCCCUCAUCCAUCUCCUACAUGCAGCUCUCAGGGCCAGAGUGCCUGUACACCCGAAAAAAGGGUGGCUCUCUGGCAGAUUUAGCAUGCUUGAUAGAUUUCUGCUUGGGAAUCUGAAUUUUGCUCCUAAAGCCUGUGGUUUAGGAGAUGGCUUUGAAGUUCAAGGCAAAUCAAUGGCUGUGCCAAAUGCAUGGUUUGCAUCAGUGAAUAUUUCAGGUUCUACUUUUAGAGUUAUCUCAAGAUGGCUGGGAGAAAUCGCUUUUCUUGUGAUACCGGAGAGCUGCUGCAAAGACUGAGUUGCUGGAUGAUAGAUCAAUGGUCUGAUUUUAUAUUUGUCUGCACAGGGAAGACCACUUAGGGGAGGCACAGGACUGUAGCCUUAGCAUGAUAUUCAGACUCUCCACCCAUUUUAGAACAGGACACAACAAAGGUGAAUGGAUCGCACAGUGUUGGCACUUUGUGGAAUAGAACUCUUGAUCUUCCUUCCUUCCUUCCUUCUCUUUUAUUAGACUUCCUCAUUCUAUUCUUUCUGUGAUAGUGUAUGGGAAAGGGGGGGGUUGCUUUUUAUUUCUGGCCCUUUAAUAUUAAAUUGAUUGAGUAAACUCUUCUAACAUUAAACACAGUAUUCAGAAUUCUAAUAUCAUUUGGGAGGGGGAGUUAACAAUAUGGUUAAGAUAGAAUUCCCCAUCAGCCAAAUACGAAUCAUCCAUUUCUGCAUUGGGGUGGGGUGGGGCAGGGAGGUUACGCUAUGUUAUAAUCUCUAUGGUUUCUCUCAGUCAAGAUGUCAUCUGCCUCUUAAAGCUGGCAAAUUGUAACUAGUAUCACUAUUGAUCAAAUAUCCUUACCUCUUCAUUCACUGCAGUGUUUAUAAAUAUGAAAACCACUGGUUUAGGGACACCCCCACUGAAAUCAGUCACACUUAACUUGCUUAAAGAAAGGGGCAUGUAUCUAAACCCCUAAAGUGAUGAUUGAUUAAUGUGUAACUCUAUUCUUGGCCCUGUGGUUCUUUUCCCUGCGUAUCUUGCUGAAAAGAGAAAAACUAAACAUGCCAGCUAUCCCAUUUCCACCUGUUCUUGUUGAUGGAAUACAUAUAGAAUGGGUAACGCCUUGUCCUAACCUUAGUGCUGUUUUUAUGUAUUUGUACUCCCGAUUCACUAAGCAAACUAAAUUGAGACUUGCCUUACUGGUGAAAACACGGAAUCCUGUUGCCAGUUGUCAUCAAGAUGUUUCAUUUUGUGUUUAGAGCAGAUGUCUCAAACUGCCGGCCCGCGGCGGACUGGUUGCAUCAUGCAGAAGCUGUGCCCACCCAAGCCCCGGCAAUGUAAAAAAAGUUGCAAUACAUCAUGUGACACGGCGAAUUUGACACCAGUGGUUUAGAGAGUUCAUGGCACUAUAUUUAUAAUCACUUAAUCCAGCCUUAUAACUAGCAAAAUGUUGUCUCAGAUGCCCACAUUUCAUCCAAGACCAGGCAAUGAAAGAAUUAAAGUACAAAUAUCUGUAUGUAUUGUAUGUGAUUGAGACAGGACAUUAGUGUACAGGAAUGACUGAGAAGAGUAAGUUAAAACAGUGGAGAGACAGUGGGGACCACAAGCACCCACACUUCUGAAUGUAUGCCAGAAGGAACCUAAAAACACUGAAUUUGAAUGAUUGCUGGGUAAUGUCUUAGUAAAAGCUGGGAAGUGAAUAAUGCAAUCCUCAAGCCUAAGAAGGGUUCUCUUACUCUCAAGCCCUUGGACAAAGGGCAGGAACAAAUUGCAAGUAGCAUUGCAAAGGUUUGGGCGUCAGCAUUCUAGAUAGCUCCUAUAAAGGCUGUUUUUUAACAUACCAUCCCAGGCAGAAUUACAAGUCUCAUAACAUCAUCUAUGCAGUUCAUUUGAUUCAGUUUGUCCAGUCUUGGUUACUCUCUUAACUACUUAGCUUGCAAGGAGGCCUAGAGAUCAAGGAUUCUUUCAUUAUCUUGAUGUUCAACACUAUCAGUCAUAUUUUUAGGUUGCUUUCACAUAUACACUUGGGAGAAAUGACCCAGAACACAAUGAUGUCAAUUUUGAAGCAGCCUGGCCUAGAAUUGCAUUGUGAAUGCUAAUACAACACAUCAUCUCAAAUGUUGAUGGUUUACAGGUAUACAUUUGUGGCAUGGACAUGCAUAUGCUUUUCGUGACCAUUGUGUCCUAACUGUAAUAGCAUCAUAGCUUAUUCCUUACAGAAUGACAGCAGGAACUUUAUGCUGUUCCUUUCAUCCAAGGGGCUCAGGAUAGUGUCCUGUAUGCAAUUAUUGGAGACAACCAGCCGGGUAACUUAUUAUGCCUUGUUUUUGUGCUUCCGAGACACAUCUGGAGGGCUGCACUUGGCAAUAAAAUGAUGGGAAAGUCAGCACACACUGGUCCUGUUCAGAGAACAGUGGCAUUGCGAAAACAAUAAAAGCAAGGCACACACAAUUGUCUAGAGGACAUGUAGUGGCUAGUUUGCUUUUCGUCUGCCACAAGGGCCAGACAUCAAACCUUCCUGCUGCAGUGCAGCCAAAGGACAAAAGACUUCUGCCAUUCAGAAUGUUUGCUUUUUCCAGCAUGGAAACUUAAGAUCCAGCUCCUAAAAUAAAAACAGUCAUGAAAAAAUGUCCAAGUGUGAAAACACCCUUAGAAAUAACAAUGAACUUGACACUAUUUCAAUGCUAUAUGGAAAAUCUGGGGAGAAGGUUGGAGUGGUAGCCACUUCGAUUUCUGAAGCAAACACUAUUUUCCUCCAAUAAACCAAAUGAGACCAAUUUUCCACUCUCUGCCUUCUCCCAGAGCUUUUUGACCCUGUUCAUGGCAAUGCUAAUUCCAAGCAGGCAGAGUAUUCUUGGUGUUACUUCUGGACAGUUUACAGCAUAACCACUUCAGCAUAGUCCUUUUGUGUAGCUAGAUGCAAGUUUUUUGUACAUGUGAAAAUUAUUAUUGAUUAUACUGUAAGCCAGUGCCUGCCUUCCCCUUGAACUGUACAGAAUUUCGACUAAUGGGAGAAGGGGGAAAAAUAAAACAGAACCAAAGGCUA